AUGAGUGGUGCUAAUCCUAUUUCCUCACCCAUGUCGGCCUCGACAAAACUUUCCAAGUUUGAUUCUCCGUCCUUUGAAAAUGUCACCUUGUAUCGAAGCAUUAUUGGCAACCUGCAGUAUCUCUCUUUAACUAGACCUGACAUCUCAUUCUCUGUCAAUAAGGCAUGUCAAUUUAUGCAUGAACCCAAACUCUCUCACUGGUUAGCAGUCAAGCGAAUUCUUCGCUACUUAAAAUCCACCAUCAACUAUGGUCUUUUCUUCUCAAAACAGUCAUCCUUCAACUUACAUGCCUAUUCCGAUGCAGAUUGGGUUGGAUGUCCUGAUGACAGAAAAUCCACUAGAGGCUAUUGUAUUCUUCUAGGUAAUCAUCCUAUUUCAUGGAGUAGAGUAGCUGUCAAAGCAUUACAAGUCAAAUUCUGCAGCAGCAAAGACCAACUUGCAGAUGUGUUCACAAAACCAUUGGUCUCUGAUCGUUUUUCUCUUCUUCGAUCGAGUCUUCGUGUUCUUGACACCCCAUUUGACUCAUGGGGGCGUAUUAGCCUAAGCCAAGAUAAUGCCACUCAGCAAAAUAAGAAGUAG